AUGUCAAGCGUUCUAAUCCCAAAAGAGAUUCUUAACGAGAUCUUGUUAAGGCUACCACCCAAUUCAGUUACAACCUGUAGGUGCAUAUGCAAACAAUGGAAUGCUCUACUCUCAAACCCUAGUUUUCUGAAAAGCCAUCUUGCUGUUGAAAACCAAAAUCCCAGUUUCAUUCUUGUAACUAGAAAUUAUGACGAAGACAUUGAUGAGGAAGAUUUUAGUAUCAUCCACGUACCUCAAGCUUCAUUAUCAUCACUUGAAACUGAUCUUGAACGUAAAUGUGAGUCUGAUUCUGUAUGUGAAUGUGAACGUCAUUGCGAUAAGGGUUCUUUUGUAGAUUACCCAUUUCAUCGAGAGGUAGAAUCAUCGGAUGAGGUUUCCAUUAUGGGGGUUUGUAAUGGUAUACUUUGUUUGCUUAUUGGUCAGAGGGUUGAAGAAGAAACUCAAUCUAUUAUUUGUUUUUGGAAUCCCGGGGCAAAGGAAUACAAGAGGUUAACUAACCCACCAAGUGAGUUUUCAAGUGUUGUAAAGAUUGUGGAAGAUUAUUCAGCUUAUGGGUUUUAUUAUAAUUCUACUACCGAGGAUUACAAGUUGAUCAAAAUUGUGGUAAUUUCUGGAGAGUCUAGGAGGCUUGGAUUUCAGAUUUACAGUCUAAGGUCUAACUCGUGGGAGAACAGUCAGAAAUUUAUACCCUAUCGGUCUUUGUCACGUCACAGAAAUGUAGGCAUCUUAGUUCAUGGGGGUCUUCAUUGGUUGUUAAACAAGCCUGGAAAUGCUACUCGUAAUGUUAUAGUUUCCUUUAGUACUUGUGAUGAAGGAUUUGGUAACUUGGCUCUACCAGAAGCCGUGCAAAAAAAGAAUGUUACUAAGGAACUUGGAAAAUUGGAUGGGUCUCUUUGUUUACUUGUCGAAUCUGAAUCUCGCAUAGAUGGAGCUGAUUUAUGGGUAAUGCAAAAGUAUGGGGUCAAACAAUCUUGGAAUAAACUUUUCACAACUACUGAAGAGAAUAUAUUUAUGAGUAAUGGGAUGCCGGUCUGUGUUGGAGAAAAUGAGUUUUAUUGUUUUGUUUUUAUAGUCUUGGUGGGAAUAGAACUUAGGACCUUUAGGUUUUUAGGAGCACUUACUCAUUUUCCUAUGAGUGAAUGA